GACCUCAGGACUCCACCAACAUGGCUCAAGAUAAUUCUCCAAACAAGACCACACCAGUGAAUCACAGACGCAGCCGCACCAAAUUCACACAAGAUCAAUUGAAAAUCCUCAUCAAAGCAUUUGAUAAAAACCCUUACCCAGGUUAUGCUACCAAACAAAAACUUGCUUUAGAAGUCAAUACUGAAGAGUCUCGAAUCCAGAUUUGGUUUCAGAAUCGAAGAGCUAGGCACCAGAAGAAAUCAGAACCCGAUGAGGACUUAGAAUCAAGCCAAGACCAAGAUCACCUUGAAGAGGAGAUUCAAAGUAGAGAAGACAGACGGAGUCGUACCAACUAUACAUCCUUGCAAUUACACGCCCUCAUUGAGGCAUUUUCGAACAAUCCUUAUCCUGGCUUUGAUUCCAGAGAGCAACUUGCUAAAGAAAUUGGUGUUCCCGAGUCAAGAGUCCAAAUUUGGUUUCAAAAUCGGAGAUCCAGAUUCCAUGUCCAGAGAAAAAGAGAACCUGAUGAUGGAGACUUAGAACAGGGACAAGACCAGGAACAGGAUCUCUGAGAUGAGGGAGUUCAAGGCAUAGAAGCUACACAAAAUGGCCCCAGUCUUUCUAUCAGCUGUCUUAUUUCUCCAGAGCCAGAGCAAGAUAGAGACAUUCAGUGUAUUUGAUAUCUUCAGUCUGGGCUCUACAUUUCUCUCACUUGUCUUGGAAACAUGUUUUCCUAAAUAUACCUCAGCUUUGCCAGAGCUGAACCUGCCGGAGACACUCAACAGGACUUUAGGAGGCGGAGACAGACACAUGGUGCCACACCCUACCAACUGAUCCUGGAUCCAGAGUUCAGCGGAUCUUGAGGACAACGAGAAUAAACUUAUUAAUAUCAUUUUUCAAGCAUCGUAGUCAUUGUGAUUUUUAAGAAAGAUUUUGUUUUUAAGUAAUCUCUACACUCAACAUGGGGCUUGAACUCACAACUCCGAGAUCAAGAGUCGCACGCUCCACUAAUGGAACCAGCUGGGCGUCCCAGUUGUGCUUUUUAAUAAGAGACAUUUACUUUGUCUUCAUCCCCCUUCCCAGCACAGAGCUUCUGAAACUUCUGGAGUUUCCUGUGAUGACAGAAAUUAGAGGAUUGGCAUUUUCAAUCCUCCUGAACCUCUAAGAAGGAGAGAGGGGAUGAAAGUUGAGUCAAUUGCCAAUGGCCAGUGAUUUAUUUAUUUUUUAAUUCCACUAUAGUUAACAUACAGUGUUAUUAGUUUCAGGGGUACAAUUCAGCGAUUCAUCAAUUCUUUACAUUAUUCAGUGCUCAUAAGAAGUAUGCUCUUAAUCCCCUUCCCCUAUUUCAUCCC